GCAAAUCUAUCUUUCUACUACCCCUCACCUCGCCCCUUCAGUCUCCUCUCGCAUUACUAACCUACUAAGUGACAUAUCGGCAUGGAUGUCACUCCACUUCCUCAAACUUAAUCUUUCCAAAACUGAGCUCUUAGUAUUCCCCCCAGCCCGCGCCCCUCCCUUGACUUCUCCAUCAAGAUCAAUAACACAAUCAUCAGUUCCUCCCUGCCAGGGUACUAGGUGUAACCCUAGACUCCCAUCUGUCCUUUCAGCCCCAAAUCCAAUCACUGUCCAAAUCAUGUAGACUUCACCUCCGCAACAUCUCCAAGGCCUCGACUAUUGUAACUCCCUCCUCAUUGGCCAACCUCAUCGCAGGCUAUUCCCUCUUUAGUCUAUCAUGAAUGCUGCUGCCAGACUCAUCCACCUUACUAACCGUUCUGUAUCUGCCACCCCUCUCUGCCAAUCCAUCCACCGGCCCCCAUUCAGUGUCCUCCACCCCUCUCUGCCAAUCCCUCCACUGGUCUCCACUCAGUGUCCUCCACCCCUCUCUGCCAAUCCCUCCACUGGCCUCCACUCAGUGUCCUCCACCCCUCUCUGCCAAUCCCUCCACUGGCCUCCACUCAGUGUCCUCCACCCCCCUCUGCCAAUCCCUCCACUGACCUCCACUCAGUGUCCUCCACCCCUCUCUGCCAAUCCCUCCACUGGCUUCUCA